AUUUACACCAUCUAACUCUGAAGACCAAUGGAAUCAUCAUACGAGUAAUAAUAAAAUUAAACCUCCUGUGAAGAAACUGCAGAGAGUGAGAGAACCACAUACCAAAGAAGAAAGAGAGGAAAAUGAUAGCGAGAACCCACCUUUCGCAAAUGAACACAUACGACCUUCAAAUCGGCGGCGUGGAAGUCAAGACUCGAGUGGUCGACGACGUAAUGCUUGUGGAGGCAGCCCUGGCAGAGCUGGGGGUCGGCGGCGACGGCGGAGCACAUCCCAUCGUUGGGGUGGACGUGAAGGUAUCCUCGAAUCUGUUCGGAAGGGGCAGAAGAUGCGAUCUGUUGAUCCUAUGCACCAGAUCCAACUGCCUAAUCCUGCAAUUGGAUUGCAUGAGACGCUAUAAAUGUAUCUCUCGAAUAGUGACUACGUUCCUGAGUUUGAAGGAUGUUUCUUUUGUGUGUCCCAAUGGAUUUAAAAAGAGGACCCGGGGUCUGCCAUUGUUUCCUCACGCUGAUGAAUUUUUGGUGACAUCUGGCUGCUGUGGGCAUAAAAGGCGCCCGAUCUGGUUUUACUGCUCGGAGAUUGGGGCCGUUGAGGUCGGUGAUUACGCUGCAAGGGCUCUGAAAAACCCCAAGCUUCUCAAGUGUGAAUCGUCCCAGAAACUGGGAGAGGAAGCCGGGGUGGACCUCACUACUGGUAAUUCAGCAAAACAGCGACCAAAGUGGGAUUCUAAAGUUUUUUCCGAGGAGGAAGUUCUCUUUGUUAUGCAUGAUGCUGCCGCCUCCUACCGGAUUGUCCACAAGCUCCUCCAUGAAAAAUAAUUAAAUAAAUCAUCUCAAUCUUAUUGGUCUUUGUUCAUCCACUAGUUUCAACUACGUACUCCGUAAGUUUUCAAGUGAUUGGCUGCACUGCAAUCGCUUAUUUUAUUAGAGCCCGUUUGGUAGCACGAAAAUCGGCUGUUUUGGCUGAUUCUGCUGAAAUUUAUGAAAUUCUGGCUGAAGUGGCUGUUUUGGCCGAUUCUGCUGAUUCAAGAAAAAAAUAUUUUAAAAAUAUAUUUUAUCAAUAAAUUAUAGAAAAAAUUACAUGUAAAAAUAGCUAAAAUAGUCCUCUACAGUAACUUCAGCCAAUACAGCCAGAAAAGUAACUCCAACCUUACUUUUUUUGCUUAUUACACAAUUCAGCACACAAAAGUAAAAGUUACGUGUUUGGUGAAAAAGCUGGCUGAUAAGCCUGAUAAGCCGAAAAAAGAGGUCUCCAAACGGGCUCUUAUUGUUAAUGUCAUUGUUAUUGUUAUUUAUAUUGUUAUUGUUAUUGUGGUUCUUUA